AAAAAAUUCAUGCUGUAGGCACAUUGACGAUGGCGCCAUCUGUUAGUGUAAAGGAGUACUACGCUGGGAAGUCUUUAUUCAUCACGGGCUCCACAGGCUUCAUGGGAAAAGUUUUGGUGGAGAAGAUCCUGAGGUCUUGUCCCGAUGUAAAGUGCUUGUACGUGCUCAUGAGGUCCAAGAAGGGGCACAGUAGUAAGGAAAGGAUAGACGAAUUUUUGAACUGCAAGGUGUUCGAUUACUUAAACAGCGAGUAUCCAGAACAGCUGCAGAAGCUGCGAGUGGUUCCAGGUGACAUCCUGGUGGAAGACCUGGGAAUGAGCAUUGACGACCGGGAGAUGCUGCAGAAGGAGUGUCACGUGGUGCUCCACUGCGCUGCUUGUGUCAGAUUCGACAUGUUUCUCCGGGACGCGGUCAACUUUAACACCGUUGGGACCCAGAGGGUGCUGGAUCUGGCCUCCGGGAUGACCAAGCUGGAGGUCUUCGUGCACGUCUCCACGGCGUAUACCCACUGUGAUCUGGAAGUACUGGAGGACAAAAUGUACCCCUCAAAGCACAAGCCUCACCAGAUCAUGAACUGUGUCUCCUGGAUGGAUGACAAAUUACUAGAGCAUCUGCAGCCCAAACUCAUAGAGCCGCAGCCUAAUACGUACUCUUACACAAAAGCUUUGGCCGAAGACCUGGUGGCACAGUACGCUGAGAAAUUCCCUAUAGUCAUAACACGGCCAUCUAUCGUGGUCGCGUCAUAUAAGGAGCCAAUGCCUGGUUGGGUAGACAAUUUAAAUGGUCCUACAGGGUUUGUGGUCGGCUGUGGUAAAGGUGUGACAAGAACUAUGCAUUGCGACGAUUCUCUACAUCCGGAUAUGAUACCAGUUGAUAUGGUAGUCAAUGCCUGCAUACUCCUCGCGUACACCACAGCUUUGGAGAAAUCAAAAGAGUUAAAAGUAUGCAAUCUGACGCUGUCGGACGAUAAUCCGAUCACAUGGAAAGAGGUUCUUGCCUUUGGUCUUCAUCACGUGAAGGAGGUCCCGUCCUCCGUGUGUCUGUGGUACCCGGGCGGCUCGCCCAGGAGCUCCUGGCUGCGGCACCAGGUGGCGCUGUUCUUCACACUGAUAUUACCCGCUUACUUCGUGGACUUGAUUAUGAUUCUACUAAGAAAGAAGACUUUCAUGGUGAAUGUACAGAAAAGAAUCCGCUACGGCAUGGAAUGUAUGCGGUACUUCACGACAAAAGAGUGGCAUUUCAAAAACGAUAAUCUGAGAGCGUUGAGACAAAAAGUGUCACCGGAAGAUAACAAAACAUUUUUCACUGAUAUGAAGGUUAUAAAUUGGAAUUCAUACUUAAGGGUUUACGUCAAGGGUGUCAGGAAAUAUAUUCUUAAAGAAGACCCAUCUACAUUGCCGCAAGCGAGGAGACUGCAAAGGCAAUUGUAUUAUGCUGAUAUGGUGGUGAAAUACCUAUUCUAUUCAUUGUUAACGUACCUAUUUUAUUCACUGGUAUGUGAAAACGUUCAUUUAGUAGUAAUAAAUCGUUAAUAUAAAAAAUGUCAUAAUUAAACGUUAAUUAACGAGUACCAUUAAACUGUUAUUCGCGUCAAAAAUUAAAAAAUGUGAUUAUUUAUUUACAAAAGAUAGUUUUAUUAGAAUCAGAAUAUUUUUUUUGUGGAAAAUGUAGGUUACUAGUUAGAUAUUACAGUAAAGGUGGGUAAUUUAAUAUCUUUAUAUAUAUAUAAUUCUUCUGUGAGUGUGUAUGUCACUGAACUUCUCUUAAACGACUGGACCGAUUUUGAUGAAAUUUUUUGUGUGUGUUCAAGGGGAUCUGAGAAUGGUUUAGAUUCACAAUUUUGUCCGCUGGACAAUGUUUUUUUAAUUAAUUUUUAAUUUAUUAGUAGUUGUUGAUUUUGGAAUGUUUUACAUUGGAUCCGACAGACGGCGCUACCAUCGCAGUGUCAAAUCUUUAUUUAUAUAAUUCUUCUCUUUGUUAGGGUAGGUUAUAAAUAAUAAUUGGAUCAUUAUUAAUAAUUAUUACAUUUUAUGAAUGCUUACCAACAUUUAUAAUAAAAUUGUGUUUUUAGUAUUAGGUAGGUAUAAUAAUUGCAUGUUAUUUCAUUAAAUAUUUUUUAUUGGUGUGUAACAUCUUUCCUCUCGCUUUCCUGCAAUUCGUGGGAGUGAUUUCGUGAAGUGGGACGGAAGUGUGUAACAGGAAGUCGCGAAAGCGCGCGCUAUGUGAUUAGAUUUUAGAACAUAAUGUUCAAAUGGCUUAUUCCUUUUGUAGUAGGUUUUAUUUCUUUUUUUACUAAUACAUAUAAGGUGAGGUUUCAAAUGUUACACAUCAUACGCGACUACUGUAAGGCUCGCUCGUUUUUUUUGAGAAUAAACAUUGUAUUGUUGUCUUUUGUAACUUUGCCAUUAUUUUCUAGUAUUACUUUUAUUUCAAUUAAUUAAAUUACUACUUUCUCAC